ACAUUCAAAAAUCGGUAUUCCGAUGGAGUUUUGCGAUUUUUUUACUUAACGUUAAUUUCGAUAUGUUUCGUUUGUUAAAACAUUCGGAGUUAUUCCUUUAGCGAAUAAAAUUAUUCUAUCCAUUUUGUUACAAUUCAUUUGUAAUUGGGCUACUUCGCUUCUUAUAUUCCAAUAAUUCGGAGGUAGUUAGGUUAUGUUAUGUCCUAUGUCGGAGGGUGAAAACUGAUCAUGGAUCCGAAUAUCUAUGCACUAGUAUUGGAUACCCUAAACAAGGCCACCAGCCAAGACACAGAAGUUUUAAAACCAGCUGAGAAAAAACUGCAGGAAUGGGAGAUAGAACCAGGAUAUUAUUCUGUCUUAUUGAAUGUGCUCACUAACCACUCAAUCGAUGUGAAUGUAAGAUGGCUUGCUGUCAUGUGCUUCAAGAAUGGAGUGGACAGGUACUGGAGGAGGAAUGCUCCUAAUGCCAUUUCAGAGGAAGAAAAACAGAAACUAAAACAGGGCUUGCUAACAACAAGUAUUUUAAGUGAACCUGUCUCCCAGAUAGCAACACAACAAGCAGUUUUGAUAUCAAAAAUCGCUAGGUUUGACUGUCCAGCUAACUGGCCAGAUUUAGUUCCAGAGCUAAUGGGUGCCAUGAAAACUACACAACCUUUGAUCCAGCACAGAUCUUUGUUAAUCUUCCAUCAUGUAGUCAAGGCUUUGGCUUCUAAAAGAUUAGUUGGUGACAGGAAGACAUUUCAGGAAUUAACCAACUCAGUGUAUUCAUUCAUAUUAAGUCUAUGGCACGAGAACACGGAGAUAUUCUUACGUCAGAUCCAAGAAGGGGCCGCCACCGAAAUAAUUACCGAACAUCUAGAGAAGGCCCUCCUGUGUCUUAGGAUAUUGCGAAAGUUGACAGUGUUCGGUUUCAAAAAGGCGCACGAAAGCCAAGACGCUGUUGCUUUUUUAAACGUAGUAUUCGAUCGGGCUAAGUCCAGCUUGGAAUGUCGUAAACUUCUAAAGGGUCGUGGGAUCUACUUAUUAGAGUUAUGCGAAAAAUUCAUAAUACAUUUAACCAAAGUAGCGUUAGGAGUAUUAUUUUUCCACCCGUUUUCCUAUGUGCCUUUGAUCCGACCGUCUUUAGAAUUCGCUUUGUAUUAUUGCUUCACCGAGCCUGGAAUGGCUCUCAUAUACGAAAGAUUCACGAUACAGUGUCUUAAUAUAGUAAAAGGUAUAUUGCAGUGCAUCGAAUAUAAAGUGCCAAAGGGAACGGAACAGAUCAAGGAACCUAUGACGUUACAAGCGCAUCAAACAAAGAUGGAAGUGUUGGACGCUAACACCCUCUGUCACAUGUGUAGGCACUUAGUGACUCACUAUUUCCUGCUCAGUAGCGACGAUUUAGCUUUAUGGGACGCCGAACCUGAGAGCUUCGCUAUCGAUGAAGCCGGUGAAUCCUGGAAAUACAGUCUGAGGCCGUGCACCGAAGCAUUAUUCAUGGAGCUGUUUCAAUUCCGCGAGGUGCUGUCGCCGGAGCUGGUGCGGCUGCUGGCGUCGCUGCAGCACCGGCAGGUGUCGCCCGACGACCUGCCCGCCAUACUCAACAAGGACGCCAUCUACAACGCUGUCAGGUUGGCCGCCUUCGACUUGUACGAUGAUGUCGAUUUCGAUGAGUGGUUCACGAACGUUUUAAGUCAAGAAUUGAAAAUCAAAGAUAAUAAUUUCAGAAUAAUAAGAAGGCGGGUCUGUCAGCUCAUAGGUCAGUGGUGCGGCGUGCGCGCGUCCCAGUGCCUGCGGCCCGCGAUGUACGAGGCGCUGCUGGCGCCGCUCGCGAGCCGCGACGAGGACGCCGCCGUCAAGCUCGCCGCGGCCGAGGCCCUCCGGAGCACCAUAGACGACUUCAACUUUGACGUGGAGCAGUUCGCGCCCUACGCGCCCCACGCUAUUGCCGCGCUUUACGAGCUCCUGGUGGAGUCGGAGGAGUGCGACACCAAGAUGCACGUGCUGCACGUGGUGUCGUGCGUGACGGAGCGCUGCGGGGCGGGCGUGGCGCGGGGCGGGGGCGCGGGGUCGCUCACCGCCUACCUGCCGCAGCUGUGGCACCACGCCGCCGCGCACCAGCACAACAUGCUGCGGGCCGCCGCACUGUCCGCCCUCGUGCACCUGCUCAAGGCGCUGGGCGAUUGCACACUGACCAUUAGACCGUGGAUCCUGAGCGUCGUCAACGAGUCCACGCGGCUGUCGGAGCCGGCGCACGUGUACUUGUUGGAGGACGCCCUGGAACUGUGGCUCGCCGUGCUGGAGACGUCCACCAGCGCCGACCCCGCCACGAUACAGCUCGCCGAGAACUUGUACCCCAUCAUAGAGCAAUCGACGGAGCACCACCGCAUCGUGGUGUACAUAAUGCAGGCGUACUCGCUGCUGUGCCCCGAGGAGUUCCUGCUGGGCGCCGGCGGCCGCUGCCUGUCGCUGCUGGACGACAUGAUGGCCGACAUGAGGUCCGACGGCGUGCUCUCCGUGCUCAAGAUGGCCGAGAUAUGCCUCAGCGUCACGCUACCGGAGAGGAACACGUUCCUCGGGGUCAAGGUCGUCUGGCCCAUACUCAUCAGAGUCAUUCAUUGUCUGAUGGAAUGCGACGACCUGCCCAUGGUGCUAUCCGUGCGCCUGUGCCUGGUCUCCCGCGUCAUACUGCGGUCCACGGACCUGUUCUACAAGGCGGUGCAGGAGGCGUCCAACGGCUACGUGGAAUACGAUUCGGACCCAGACAAAGUGCUCAACAGACUGCUGCACGUCUGGACGGAAAAAAUGAAUCUGGUCACUCAAGUCGAGAGGUGGAAGGUGGUUGGUCUGGGUCUGGCGGCGUUAUUGACGACGCAGAACGCAGUCGUCCUGCAGUGGUUCCCAGCGAUCCUGCUGAACCUGACCGAAGUACUCAAUGACGUCAUGAAAACCGAGAACAACGCUUACGUGGAUAGCCUGCUGGCCCCGCCCGGGUCGCGGCCGGCGUCGCCGCUGGAGGGCCGCGGGGGCGCGGGGCGGUGGGGCGCGGGCGGCGCGGGGGCGGCGGGCGGCGCGCCGUGCCCGCACGACGUGCGUCGCCGCGCGCUGGCGGACGCGCACCCCGCGCACGUGCUGGACCUCAGGGCCGUCACGCACCACCAGCUGGAGACGCUGAAGAGUCAGGUCGGCGCGGAGACGUUCCAGCGGCUGCUGCAGUCGGCGGAUCCGGAGACGCUGCAGCAGCUCCGCGAGUACGUGCCGCUGUGAGCGCCGCCCCACUACUGGACGACUGCUGAAAGGAUAUUUGGCUUAAGCGACAAUUUUUUUAAUGGCUUAAAUAGGUGGACGAGCUCACAGUCCACCUGGCAUUAAGUGGUUACUGGAGCCCAUGGACAUCUACAACGUAAAUACGCCACCCAUCUUGAGAUAUAAGUUCUAAGGUCUCAGUAUAGUUACAACGACUGCCUCACCCCUUAAGCCGAUACGCAUUACUGCGUCCGGCAGAAAUAAGCAGGGCGGUGGUACCUACUCGCGCGGAUUCACAAAACGUUCUAACACCCCAUUAAUAAACUCCAUUGAACACUUGUUACGCGACAUUUAUCUUUGUAAUUAAAGGUCCAUUUUAUUUGGUAGUUUAAGUUAAUUAAGUUUAUCUCAUUCAGAUAGCUUAAGUUUUUUUUUAUUAUGAUCUUUUUUUUCCAAAUUUGAAACUGUAAAUGGCUCUCCGGUGAAGUUGCAGAAAUGUCGCUUAAACUAUGACGCCUCGAUAUAUAAACGAAGUAAUUGAAGAGAUAAUUUUUUUGUUGAGGGUUCGAGGGGGUAACGCACUGUCUCUUUCCCGCAAAGCUAGUGCUCGUAACGUGUGACGUCAUACCUUGCUAUACCGUGUUGUCCGUGUUACAUACAUAUGUCUGACAUUCGUCAAUUAUGAUAUUUGAAUAGUUUUUUUUUUUUUUUUUGUUUGUAGAAAAGAAUUAAUCAGUCGACUUGCUUAUCAUAAGUUUUGAAAUUUUUUCUUUUGUUAAAAUUUGUAUUUAUUUGUUGUUUAUCGAAGACGAAAUUACCGAUCGGUCCAUAGACACCAACGAUACAUGCAGCACAGUUAUGCGACUAUAAAGUAAACGCUUGAAUUUGACGGAGAAUGGAUUUUGAACUUUGAGUGAAUUGUCGAUAUGGCCGAUAGUUGUACGAAUUGCAUCCAAUUUGAAUAGCGCAGCUGGGCUCGCGGUGUGUUGUUGUGUGGUUGCUGGAGCCCACGGGCAUCAUUACGUUACGUCGCCCGUCUACACGCCGCGUGAGGUGUCCUUGUAGCCGUAGGUUGCUAUAAUAACGGUUACAGACCAUACAUUGGCGGUUUCACCGCGCGCGGACUGUUGCCGGCCUGUGCUAAGGGUCCGUUCACACCGACCGGCUCGGAGAGCAUCGUCCCGCUUUUUUUCUUUUCACACAGACCGGAUCCUAUACGUUUGGAAUUGACCGGAGCCGAGCCGCCAACUAUUUCACAUAGACCGGCUGGAAGAGAUCUGAAAGCCCAUCGGCUCCUCAUAUUAGUUAACAUGCAGCGCGUUCAAGCAUUCUUAAUGAUAAAAAAGUGCACAUGCAAAAAUAAACUUUACUACAAUUACACAAAACUCACUUUCCAACGUGAUAAAAAUCUGCCCUCCUCUUCGAGCUGGUCAGUGUGAACGGACCCUGAUGCUCGCGUUAGAAAGAGAUAGAACACACCAGACCGGCGCACACUUCCUUGUUUUGACACGAAUUUGGAACGCGUUUCUUGACGUAGUCUCGGAUUCUUCGAAUAAGAUGACUAAAAAAGUCGAAACAACCACCAUUUUACUGAGACUAUAUUUCAUCCCAAUUGAUUAAAAGUCUCAAAUAAAUCAACUUCAUCUUAUGUCACUUAACAAUUGAAGAUUUUGUUAAUAAACUUGAUACUGGCAACAAUGACGUCGCAAGAAGCCGAUUCCCAUACUUAAAAAAAAAGAAGAGGGAUAAUUCGUAACGCAUGCUUUGAUCGCGAUUCGUAUUUUGCGGUCGACCAUAUUGCGUGACUUAUUAAGCUUUGUUGCUUUAUUUGAAUUUACAUCGAAUGAAUUUAAGUCUUUUAUGUUCAAGUUGUCGUUAUGUUAAUGACGUGAUUAGGUUUCAAAAUAAUACAGCCUAAUGAUAAACGUUUUUUUUUUACAAUUAACGGCUUAUACUAAAUAUAAUUCUCAACUAGACGAGACUUUUUAAGUUCUGCUUAAUUGUCGGUAAAUUGUAUAUUUGAAAUGGAAUUUUGUGUUUUGAGAUUUUCCAUGGAUGUGUUAAUACGUUAAAUCUAAAAGGAAUUCGGUGAUUUUCUUUGUUUUUUUUUUGUUUAAUUAAAUUGACGAUCUUAUACUUCCGUUGUUUGGAAAUAUAUCUAAUUAUACUGUGGUAAUAAUAUAGAUAGACUAAUGUAUAUAAAUCGAAGAAAAAUAAGAACGCCCUAAACCAGUGAUUCUCAACCACUGUGCCGCGGCACUUUUGUGUGCCGCCAAAUUUCAAAAGUGUGCCGCCUAAUUUUGCAAAUACGUAUAUAAUAAUGUUAAUAUUAUUAAAUUAUAUCAUUUAAAAAGAAAAUAUUUUUAACAUGAAUAUAUAUUUAAAUCCACAAAGAAAUAAAUUAUUUUAUUAUUUGCUUUGCAACGCGGUUUUUCUUAGUGCCAAAUUAUGAUGAAGCGGCGUGCAUAGCAAUAGGAAUAUGUCUCAAGUCGGCGCACACUUGCCACUUCUGCGUACAAAACGUGUUGUUUUAGUGAUACUUGGGAUUCACAAGGUGUUGCAUAGUAGUUACUGCACCUUUUCUUUCGUUAAAAUUGGCAAAUGUAUGUGAUUCGGUAGAAAGUAAAUAAUUUUUAUCGUUUUCUUUGUGUGCCGCCAAUUUUUGAAAUCGUUAAAUAUGUGUCGCAACAAAAAAAAGGUUGAGAAUCACUGCCCUAAACACUUACAGUAAUGUAAAGGGCGUUAGUAUCUUAUGUCUUUUACCAAUCUUUAUACGACACAAAUAAGCUAACCUAAGCUUUAUGUCUAAUGUUAAAAAUAGUGUCACCAAAUUUCAUUCUUCAAACGAGGCUUGUGGAGAUUAUUAAGCGAUAGGCACGGGCUUGGCUCUGCUCCUGGCAUUGGCUGAAGUCCAUGGGCGACGGUAAUCACUCACCAACAGGUGGGCCGUGCGCUCGUCUGCCUACAAGGGCAAUAAAAAAAACAUCUGGCAUAAUAAUUGUAAAAUUUUAUUUUAUUAUCCACCAAUUUGCAUUAGGACAACGUGCGUGGAUUAAGGCCUAAAUCCCUCUCAGUUCUCUUGUUAGAAGAGAGGAGAUCCGUGCCCAGCAGUGGAACACAAAUGGGUUGCUAUAAUAAUGUUGAAUCUGUGCUUAUAUAUAGAGCGUGUGUGAUAUUAUUUAGGGUGAUAAUUAUAAACAAGACACGACAGUUUGCAACCUGUUUAUAGUGUCGUCGACUUGACACAGACUGAACUAAACUAAGCCCGCCACGAUAAUAUUUUUUGUUUUUUUUUAAUGCGUACAUGGGUGGACGAGCUCACAGCCCACCUGGUGUUAAGUAGUUACUGGAGCUCAUAGACGUCUACAACGUAAAUGCGCCACCCACCUUGAGAUACAAGUUCUAAGGUAUCAAGUAUAGCUACAACGCCUACCCUACCCGUCAAACCGAAACGCAUUACUGCUUCACGGCAGAAAUAGGCAGGGCGGUGGUACCUACCCGCGCGGACUCACAAGUGGCCCUACCACCAGUAAAAACUGUAAAUGUUAAGUGUAAAGUAAAAUGUUAUUUGAGGUUUUUACAAAUAAUCAUUGGUCAUUGGUUGUCAUUGGUUGUCAAGUGUUGACAUCGGAGAAAACCCUCACAUUUUAGAGUGACGUCACUUACGUUGUGUUAACUUUUAGCUUCCGUAGCAACUUAAUAAUGGUCGUGAGCUAGUCACCAUAAAAAUGGGGUUAUAAUAAUAUAAAUAAAACACCAGAGCAAGCUAAUGUUUUCCAUGCACCAGGCUACGGAACCUUCAAUGCUAACAGUCUUUAUCCGAUGACGAACAUACAGCACGUAAAUAGAUUUCAAUAAUAAAUGAUUUACUGCGAUCUUAUGAGCGAUUCGGAAAUUCUAAUUGUGCAUGUCAGAAAAACAAACUUAACUCUGCGGAGGAAAUAAUUUAUCCCUUAUACGUUAAAUACGUAAAGGUCGAUGCGUCACCUGCAAAUGUAAGUUUGUAAAUUACAAAAGUUUUUUUUUUGUUUUUUGACCGGCGCGGCGGCUUUGAGAAAAUGUGAUCAAUCUGACUUUUAAAUUUAUUGUAAAAUUAAAAAAAUUAUCUCAAAUUAACAAUUGACAUUAAGAUUUAUUCCUCAAUUAUAAUCAUUCGUAAUUAAGUCAAGUAAAUAAAUAAAAAAUCAUUGCAAUUUCAAUACCACGUCACCGUAAAGGAAUAACAUCGUAUUUACUGGUGGUAGGACGUCUUGUGAGUCCGCGCGGGUGGGUACCACCACCCUGCCUAUUUCUGCCGUGAAGCAGUAAUGCGUUUCGGUUUGAAGAGUGGGGCAGCUGUUGUACUGUAAAACUGAGACCUUAGAACUGAUUUCUUAAGAUAGGUGGAUAGACUCGGGUAACAAUUUAACAUCAUGUGGGUCGUGAAUCCGUCGACCAAUUUAACGGUAGGCAGCGGCUUGGCUCUACCUCUGGUAUUGCUGAGGUCCAUGGGCGACGGUAACUACUCACUAUUAGGUGGGCCGUAUGCUCGUCUGCCUACAAGGGCAUAAAAAAAACGUCUGUCCCACCACUUUGCACCAAAAAGGAUAACUGUAUUGCUCUAAAAAUUCACAAGACAGCGACACAUUUUCCACAACAUGCUCCACUACCAGAAAUAAAGCCCCUUAGGCUAAGAAUGAAUGCGUAGGGGAAGAAAUAAUGGCAUAGGUCGGUCAUCGCCAAUUGAAUUUUAUUUCCCAAAUAUUUCAUCAUUCGCUUUCUCGCUCGACUGUACCUUCACCUGUUUCGAUUAAGUCGAAAGAAAAUUACGAUCGAGAAUAAAUUGAAUGGAAGUUCGUAAACGUUUAUUUAUUUUUAAUUGUACAUAAGACGGUUUCUAAUAAAAUAAUAGACCUCUGUGCUUAGCGCGAGUUUUUUAACUUCUCGAUCGCGUAAAAGUUAACUUGGAUUUGUAUGGAGUUGAAACAGCGCCCCUAGCGGCAAACGUAGUGUUACGAAUGUAAAAAACUCGCACUAAGCACACUGUGAAGACAUCGACGAUUAAUGUUCUACCGAUUAACACAUUGACUGCCGUGUAGGUUACCGGUGUCCUACGCGGCGCACUAAAGUAAUUAUGUGGAUUUCUGUUACUAAGCGCCUCGAUUGUCUAACUUCGCCUUCUUUUGUUUGUUAAUGUACGUUUUAGACACUUAGGUCUCUUAGAAAUAGAUUUAUUCUCAGUAUCUUCGGACUGUCUAUUGAAUAUUCCGGCUCCCUUAGUAAGAAGAUCGAAGAGAGAAAUCGACAUAAUUACUUCAGUGCGCCGCGUAGGACACCGGUGACUUACACGGCAGUCAAAGGGUUAAUCACGACGGAAACGUACCCGAGUACGAAAGUUAAUGAAAAAUAAUGCAUUAAUGUUUAUUUUGUAAAUUUUGUGGUCCUCUAUGAAAAAUGUAAGAAAUAUGUAAUUAAAAAAAAAAUUAUAAUAAUAUAGAUAACCUUAUUUAAUUAAAGUAUAUUUAAAAAUAACGUUAAAACGCGUUAUGAACUUUUGCCAUGAUCGCACUGUAUGUGUUAUGUUAUAAAAUAAAUACAUUUUUGAUUUACUUCGCCACUGGAUGAUACCUUUUAAGGAGAAUGCCAUGUAUCACAACAUUUCAUAUCUGACCGAUGCACUAAAUGAAGACGUAUCGAUUUAUUUUAACAAGUUUAAAUUUUGUUUAUUACAAAUACAAAUCAUACAUUUUGUUUAUUAUAAAAAUAAUUUUGUUUAAAUUUUGUUUAUUACAAGUAAAUACGGAAUUCGAGAAAGGUAUAAUGAUAUAAGAAGGACGCGGUUGGUUUUGAAUUGAAACUAAAUUUUGUAAUAAAACUUAUUGUAAUACGUUUUCCAUUGCGGCUUCGAACAGAGCUCUGAGUACUCUUGCUUGCGGCAAUAAAGUCUUGAAGGCGAAAAUCGCUAUAGAGGAAAGUAUAUCUUUUAUGUGUAUACGGUAAUUUUUUUCUGUAAAAUUAAAUUUCUCAUUUAUGUGUAUUCGAUAUAAAUUAUAAUAACAAAAAAAAAUAAUUAAGAUAUAUGUUUCGAUGAAUUGCAGAGAAAAUUUGUCUAUUGUUUGAUUAAAAAAAAAGCAAUACAUAAUUAAUGUAAUUCGAUUUGUUAUAAAAACGCUUGAGACAUUCUAUGAAUUGAUUCGUAAUAUUGUAUGUAACCGAAACAGGAUAUUGUGUCCUAUACUUAUGAAAAGUUAAAACAUCUUUUAUCUUCAUAAUAAAGAUGCCUAAUAAAUAAAUGUAACAA